GCAACCAGUUGUUAAAAAAAAUAAAAAAAGUGUGGGCAACCAAAAGGAAGAACGGGUAGUCGGGUGCUUUGGGCCGUCGGCUGAUAUAAACUAGGAAAAUUGAUUUCCUCAAAAUUUUCCCCUUCUCAUUUCUUCCUUCAAUAUCCCUGGAUAUCAAAAUUGUGAAGCUAAAAGAAAUUCUUCUAUUUUUCUCGAGCAGAACAUUCAAAUCAAAGAACAAUGACUUCAGGUUACUGGUUUUAUGAGUAAAUCUCAUUAGUCUCGUCACCUGGGCGUCGAUCAGCUUUCGGAAAUUUGUUCUGCCAACUUCAACAACAACAUACCCAAUGUAUUCCCCCAAAGUAGGGUCUGGGGAGGAUUACACAGUGAAACUUGUUGUGGAACUCGAAACUGCUGCACGGUUGAGGGCUUCUCAUUUCAUCUUUCCUCAAAGGCCAUGGCUUGAUUUAUAUGGGAUUAAUGUUAGACCUGUCCCUCCUUUUGGAAGUACUAGUAGCAAGCAGUUUGUUGAUCCUGCAUUGAUACACCGGGUACUGCCCGAUGAACUGCUUUUUGAGAUCUUCUCAAGAAUGGACCCAUACACCUUGGGUAGGGCAGCUUGUGUUUGUCGGAAGUGGAGGUAUACAAUCCGGAACCCUGUAUUUUGGCGCAGUGCAUGCCUAAAGGCGUGGCAGAUUGCUGGAGUGGUAGAAAACUAUAAGGUCCUUCAGUUGAAGUAUGAUGGUUCAUGGAGAAAAAUGUGGCUUUUAAGACCAAGGAUUCGUACGGAUGGUAUUUAUGUCAGUCGAAACACAUAUAUUCGUGCAGGCGUAGCUGAGUGGAAGAUCUCUAAUCCAGUUCAUAUUGUGUGUUACUAUCGCUAUAUGAGAUUUUAUCCUUCAGGCAGAUUCCUUUAUAAGAAUUCAUCACAAAAAGUCAAAGAUGUCGCGAAGUACCUGAACUUCCAUGCCUCAAAAGCUGAUUGUGUUUUUAGGGGGAAUUACACGCAAUCGGAGGAUAAAGUUGAAGCUGCUCUUUUGUACCCUGGAACGCGUCCAACUGUGUUGAGAUUCCGUUUAAGGUUAAGGGGCACAACGCAAGGUGCCAAUAACAGAAUGGAUCUACUUGCACUUCUUACAAGUGGUGUGAAUGAUAAUGAGGUCAAUGGCCCAGAUGAAGACAUUCUAGGGAUUGUCGAGAGGUGGGAAGAGGAUGAAACACAUAAUCCAGAUGUUCCAGCAAUUUCACACAAGAGGGGUCUAACACCUUUUGUCUUUGUUCCAUUUGAGGAGGUGGAAACUUCGGUCCUGAAUCUCCCUGUGGAAAAAAUGGAUUAUUAUGUUCCUGGUUAAGACCUGGAACAAAAAGAAAAUCCAUCGGCUGUAAAUAUGUAACAUUGUAGUUUGCAACUCUUUUAUUUUGUCAUCUUAUAAUUGAGAAGUUUUCAAUUCGUUGUGAGAAAGUUCCUAUCGAUCAAUGGAAGGGAAGUGUAAUACCGGUCUCUUUAUGUAAUAUAUGGCAGGUUGAAAUAUGUUCAAGUUGGAAUCUGUUUAGUAAUACAUCGUCUAAUAAUCACUGUAUUAUUUAGUGGCUUAUUUAGUGCA